CUUUCGGACGAACUUGAUUGCUGACUCCUCACACAUCAUCCUGAGGAAUUGAUUUCUCCUUACAACACUUACACGUGGGACUUUGGAUUUCCUCUCUUUUCCUCAUUCUUAUUCAUUUUGAGUCUUGAGAGGAAGUCAGCCUAUCAGACGUCCUCGGUACCUGAAAGGAUUGCCAACCUUCUAGUUGAGAUCUCACCCGGCAUUUAAAGGGACAAUCUGACGUCACACUGCCACUAUCACCGUUGAUCCGCUCACGCCUUACGGAGUUCCUCAACUACACUACGCAAACUUCCAACUCCGAUUCAUCCAAGAUGGACGCCCGAUGCCAAUGCGGAGCCGUGUCCUUCAAGACGCCGCUGCCGCAACCUCUCCGCCUCUAUAUAUGUCACUGUGAAGAAUGUAAAAGGCAAACGGGCUCCGCGUUCGGGACCUCUGCAAUCUUCCCCAAGUUUAAGCUACCAAAGGCUGAUUUGAUGGGUGUCUACGCGAGGCCGACUGCGUCCGGCGCCACGCUCUACUGUUACUUUUGCCGCAACUGCGGAACCAGACUAAUCCACGCAACGCCGGAUAAGAACGUCGUCUCGGUAAAGGGCGGCUGCAUCGACGGCCUGGACUGGAAGACGGCCGUCCACAUCUGGACCAAGAACGCCAUGGUGCCCAUCCCCGAAGGAGCGGAGAACCACAGCGAGGAAGCAGAGUACACCGACUACGGCGACCAACAAGAGGCGCUCGAUCAGCCGACGGACCUGCGCGGGAGCGGGGGCACGCUGGCGGAUGCGGUAUCGGUUGACGGGCGGUGUGAGCUGAGCGGGACAUUGAAAGCCAUUGUUCACUGAUGUGAGUGAUACGACAGGUAUAUGUCACAUCGUAAGAGUGCUGUAAAUGACGUUUGCUUGUGUCUUGUCACUAGAGAUACUUUGUUUGGGACAAUUAAUAAGCUUGGGGGUGGUGAAGGUAGUAUUAGUCGGUUCUAUGAUAUCCCCAAAAAUUGAACACUAUGAAAAAGAGUCAUCUAAGCCGUAAUGCCGUCAAAACAUGAGAAAUCGAAUACCAUAAAUAUGCCUGCUCUCUCCCCAGAUUAAUUCCUCGGCAUUCGCACAGCUCACGAACGCUGUCCAACGAGAGACUCCUCACCACUCGGCCUCCCAUUCCCGUGCGCGGGCUUGGCAACAGACUCAUGCUGGUGGUGCUGCUGGCCCUCCUCGGCGCGCGCCCCGGCGUCGGAGUGCUUGGCCGGGUCGAAGACGUACAUGGGGAACUCGAGGAAGACGGUGCGCUUGAGAAACGUCGGCAUGCGGGCGUACAGCUGCGGCGGGAAGGGGAUGAGGAUGCUGGUGCGUUCGAGGUAGCGCUUGUAGCCCUCCCAGUUCUGGUUCUUCUCGUAGCGCUUCUUGGCGCCGGGACGCUCCUGAAGGGUGAGGCCCGAGACGAACAUGAGGAGCAGCGUCAGGAAGAAGGGGCCGAGGAUGGUGGCGUAGAGGGCCUUGAAGGCUUGGCCGCCCACGUAGCCGUCGGCGGCUGCCGAGACGGCGAUCAUGUAGAUGCCUAGACGUUUGGAUGCAGUGUUAGCC